CCAUGUGACAAACUUUUUUCUAUAAAUGUACACAUUUGAGAUCUUUGUAUCUUACUAGCUUCUCUUAGUUUUUUUGUUUUUUUUUUCAACAAAAAACUAAAGUGGGGUUUCUUGUUUUUUCUCUGAAAGCACAUGAUACAGUAUUGUUGUUGUACCAUAUACAGUGAGAUUUUGUAUUGACAAAAACAACAAAAGAUUGAAAUGGGGUGUCUUGUUUUUCACUGAUAUCACAUGAUACUGUUGUGUUGUUAUUGUUUCAGUGAGAUUUUGGAGAGUGGUUGUAGAUGAAGAUGAAGGGUUAUUCAUUCUUUACUGCUACUCUCAUUGUUGUUAUUUCCAUUUGUUUCAGCUCAAUAAAGGCUGAUUCUUUACCAAGAGAUUCUUUUAAGUCCAUUUUAGGGGAAGGAAAUUUGGAAUCUUGGAAGGAUGGAGUAUUGCACUCACCAGAUAUGGCACUAGCGCCAGGUGGGCAUGCGAGCACGCUUGUGCUGGCGGGAAACCGAACGAGGAGGCCAGAUUUUCUUUCUGGUUUCCACAAAUAUAGAGGUGGAUGGGAUAUUGCCAAUAAACACUACUGGGCUUCUGUUGGUUUUACAGGCGUUACUGGUGUCAUUCUCGCUCUGCUGUGGUUCAUUUCUUUCGGAUUGGCUCUUGUAGUGCAUUAUUGCUGCGGAUGGAAAAUCAAUAUUAGAGGCGGAGAACGACAUUUUCCAGAGAGAAUUUGCCUCAUCGUGCUUAUCAUCUUGACAUGUGCAGCAGUGAUAGGAUGCAUUCUUCUUUCUGUUGGACAAGAUGAUUUUCAUGGUGAAGCAUUGGACACUCUAAAAUACGUCGUAAACCAGUCAGAUUAUACUGUGCAGACAUUGAGAAAUGUAACACAAUACUUGUUACUCGCACAAAAUGUAAAUGUGGCUCAAAUUUUCCUCCCUUCAGAUGUAAAAGAUGAUAUUGAUCACCUAAAUGGUGAUCUAAAAUCUGCAGCAGAUAAACUUGAGGAGAAAACAAACGACAACUCAGGAAAGAUAAGAAGGGUCUUCAAUGCUGUGCGGUCAGCUUUGAUCACUGUUGCCGUCGUCAUGCUCCUCAUCUCUAUUCUGGGUCUUUGCCUCUCUAUCCUUGGUCAUCAACACACAAUUCACAUAUUUAUCAUUAGUGGGUGGUUGCUGGUGGCAUUUACAUUCGUUCUCUAUGGAGUUUUUGUCAUCAUUAACAAUGCAAUUUCAGACACUUGUAUGGCAAUGGGAGAGUGGGUGGACAAUCCUCCUGCUGAAAGUGCUCUUAGCAAUAUCCUUCCAUGUGUUGACCCAAGAACUACAAACCAGACACUGUAUAAGAGCAAACAAGUUACCGUUGAUCUCGUAAAUAUUGUCAAUGGAUUUAUCGAUACGUAUGCAAAUUCCAAUCCAUCUAAUCAUCUCAAUUCAAACUACUAUAAUCAGUCAGGACCUGUUAUGCCACAUCUCUGCUAUCCAUACGACUCCCAAUUGCAAGAUCUGCCAUGCCCGGCUGAUCAAGUGUCUAUGGCAAAUUCUUCAAUGGUUUGGCAGAAUUAUACUUGUAGUGUAUCUGCAGAUGGAAUGUGCACGAGUGUCGGGAGGCUCACACCCGACAUGUACGAACAGCUGGUGGCGACGGUCAACAUUAGCUACGCUCUUGAACAUUAUGCGCCGCCACUGCUUAAUCUCCAGAACUGCAACUUCGUUCGUGAUACGUUUAGGAACAUCACAGUCAAUCACUGCCCUCCGUUGGAACACCAUCUCCGUGUCGUUGACGCAGGGUUAGCCGUUAUCUCGGUGGGAGUCAUGCUAAGCCUCGCGUUGUGGUUAGUAUAUGCAAACCGCCCCCAAAGGGAGGAAGUGUUUGCGAAGCUCUCUUCGCGUAUAAAAAACAGCUGCAACGGAAAGAAUGUUAGCUGCAGCAAUAGUAAUAUUGAUUUGUCAUCAAGAGGAACAACUCCAAAAGCUGGAGUGUAGAUAUAAUACUAGAUUUUCAGCAUAGAAAAUGUAGAAUUUUGGUGGCAUGAGAUUUAUUUUGAUCUCUUUAUAAGCCUUUGCUCAAUGUGCGGUGCAAAGCACCAAUUUUGAGCAGGGGAUUGGUAGCCAUUAUUUUAUGUCUAGUACUAGUAUGUGUAUAGAACAGGGUAUUCAAAAUGUUAUGUUUUGGCAUAUUUCAUGUCAAAGUUGUGAGCUUCCAUUGUUUUUGUAAAAUGUAAAACUAGCAGUUAAGUAGAAAGAGUUAAUUUCGCGUAUGGUUACAGAACUUUA